CGGGAGGGAAAGGCACUACGGGCAUAAGCGAACGCGAUGAACUCGCAGUUGGUUGGGAUCCUGCUCAGCGCCCUGCUAGGGGUUGCCCUGGGACACCGCACGCGGUGCUAUGACUGCGGUGGAGGCCCCAGCAACUCCUGCAAGCAGACAGUGAUCACUUGCGGUGAGGGCGAGCGCUGCGGCUUCCUGGACCGCAAACCUCAACCCAGCUCGGAGCAAGCCAAGCAACCCUCUGCGACCUUGAGCCAUCACUACCCAGCCUGCGUGGCCACGCAUCAUUGCAAUCAAGUGGCCAUAGAGUCAGUGGGAGACGUGACUUUCACAACCCAGAAAAACUGCUGCUUCGGAGAUCUGUGCAACAGCGCCGUGGCAAGCUCCGUGACCCCGUUGUGCGUCUUGGCUGCAGCCGUUACUACCCUGGCCUGGCUCUUGCCAGGACUGUAGAGCUGCAGGGUGGGGCUGAGGGCAGGGAAAGGACUGAGGGAGCAGGGAGUGAGGGAGCUGGACAUCUAAGGUAAGAAGACAAGCACUCCUUGUGCCAUUAAAGCCGAUGGACUGUUCUAGAGAUGACUGGAAAGUUAUUUGUUUUUCAUUCUUUGAGGCAAGGUGCUGGGAUUAAAGGUGUGAGCGACCACUA